AUGGGUUCAUUUGAUACCAAUGCAAGUUCAAGGCCUCGCAUAGGCAAGAGCAGUGGAGAGCUCUCAAAAAUUAAUGUUAAACUACCUCCAAUACAUGAAUUAGCUUCAAAUUCCUCUUAUGGGCAUUCAUCAAUAUCUCCUAGAAUACCACACGGAAAUAUUCAUCCAAAUCUGGGUAACGAAAGUCUUGACAAAUAUAGAUAUCAGGUAAAUUCUUCAACCCCAGCGUAUUAUGCUGGAAGUGAAACCAGGGCACCCAUAAAUUAUACAAAUAAAAUAUUGCCCACGCAUAGUACUUCUUACUACGACAAACCACCACUGACUCAAUACCAAUACUAUACAUCACCCCCUACAUUAACAUAUCCCCCUGUAGGAUAUCCACCACACCAUGCCAUGUAUUAUUCCCAAUAUUCUCCACAAGUGCCUACAAUUGCUGGAAGCAAUCAUUUUGUUGCGCCCGAAGUUAUAAAUAAGACUAGUAACGUAUGCCAAAGAUGUGGUACUACUGAGACUCCUGAAUGGAGAAGGGGACCAGGUGGUAUGAAAACAUUGUGCAAUGCCUGUGGUUUAUUUCAUGCAAAAUUGGUUAAAAGGAAAGGUGCUGCUUUGGCCGCGAAAGAAGUUUUAAAUAAUAAGGUCUGCAAAGGCAAGAACGGUCGAAGAAUAUCAAUCAAAAAAAAUUCUAUUGAUAGUGAUCGCCUAAAGAAUGAAAUGUUUACUUCUUUGACAGCCCCUAAUAGCAAUGCUAAAAAUAAUACUUCGAAUGUUGGUGAACUCCCAACACCACCUACAUCUCAGUUCUCACCCGCUUUAAUUCGUCAUUAG